CUCUGGGUUAGCACUUUCUAUCUCCCCCAGCUAAUAAAGAAGUUUAAAUAUUUAAAUGUGGUUUUUAAAUGGCAUUUAAAGAAUUAACCCAUUUUGUCCCUCGCUGGUCUAAACCACAGGGUGCCAACCGGACGAUAAUUGCUUUCUUCUGGUGGGGUUCCAGACAGCGAUUCAGAAGGAAGGAGCGAGCGCACAUUCCUGGCACCAAUUGGCUAAUUCAAUUUACUUCAACAGCAUUAGCCUCUAUCAGAAUAUUCAUGAGCAGGAGAACCAGGACCCGCCGUGCAGGCAGGCGGCAGCCACUCGGUCUAGGGAAGGCGCGAGGGAGAGGAAGAAGCCGACCGCGCGCCCCGCUCCGGGGACUGUGACCAAGAGGACUAGGCGGCUCUUUUCACCCUCCAGGCGGAGACCUGGGGCCGCGGACGUCAGCGGGUUUGCAGUGCUUGUCAUCAGUUCUCAACUCCUGGCGAUUGCGCGGAGACUUUGGAAACAUCCGAAGGCAGCAGAGCUGUGACACUUUUGACUUGGGGGGAAGGGGGGGGGGGUGGGGGCAGCGACGCUAGCUGGGGCUAAGGGACUUGGGACACCCGUUCGCUCAAAGGGGAAGGCAGCGAUGUGAGCUGGACAACCGUCACGGAGGAGUCUCAACGUCUCCUGGGAGUCGCCCGCCGUGCCAGGACUUGAGCUCCAGGCAGAUUGACUUGAACGGGGACCUCCUUUGGGAAGCAAUGAGUUUCCAACAGCCUGUGGUGUGACUUGUGUUAUCUGGAAAAUACUCAACCCCAGUGCUUCCCACCCUACUUGACUUGUGGAGCUCCUGCAAGCCCAUGUGCACUACGGGUAGAAUGAGCAAUGCAAAGAGCCGACUUGGACUUGGCACGUCCUUGUACUUCUGGGCACUGAUGGACCUUACAACGACCGUUCUCUCCAGCACUCCAAUGCCAGGAGUUGAACUAGAAAUGCUCUUCUCAGACAGGCCACAGUCACAUCAGCGAAGCAAGAGGAGCUGGGUUUGGAAUCAGUUUUUUGUGCUGGAAGAGUAUACUGGGACCGACCCUCUGUAUGUCGGCAAGCUGCAUUCAGAUAUGGACAGAGGAGAUGGAUCCAUCAAAUACAUUCUUUCAGGAGAAGGAGCAGGCAUUGUGUUUACUAUUGACGACACCACUGGAGACAUACAUGCCAUUCAGAGGCUGGACCGAGAGGAAAGAGCCCAAUACACUUUAAGGGCUCAAGCCCUAGACAGACGGACAGGCCGGCCAAUGGAACCAGAGUCAGAGUUCAUCAUCAAAAUCCAAGAUAUCAAUGACAAUGAGCCCAAGUUCCUGGAUGGACCCUACAUUGCCACUGUGCCAGAAAUGUCACCAGUAGGUACCUCUGUUAUCCAAGUGACAGCCACAGAUGCUGAUGAUCCAACCUAUGGGAACAGUGCCCGGGUAGUAUACAGCAUUCUCCAAGGCCAGCCAUAUUUUUCUGUGGACUCCAAAACAGGUAUAAUCAGAACAGCACUCAUGAACAUGGACAGAGAAGCCAAAGAAUACUAUGAAGUGAUUAUCCAAGCCAAGGAUAUGGGAGGGCAGCUUGGAGGAUUAGCUGGGACCACAACGGUCAACAUCACCCUCUCAGAUGUCAAUGAUAACCCACCCCGAUUUCCCCAGAAACAUUAUCAGAUGAGUGUGCUGGAAUCAGCUCCAAUUAGCUCCACUGUGGGGAGAGUGUUUGCCAAGGACCUGGAUGAAGGAAUAAAUGCAGAGAUGAAGUAUACUAUUGUGGAUGGAGAUGGUGCAGAUACUUUUGAUAUUAAUACAGACCCAAAUUUCCAAGUUGGCAUCAUAACUGUGAAGAAGCCCCUAAGUUUUGAAAGCAAGAAAAGCUACACUCUGAAGGUGGAAGGAGCCAAUCCUCACUUAGAGAUGCGUUUUCUGAAUCUUGGCCCAUUUCAGGAUACGACAACAGUGCACAUCAGUGUGGAGGAUGUAGAUGAGCCCCCUGUGUUUGAACCUGGCUUUUAUUUUGUGGAGGUGCCUGAGGAUGUGACAAUUGGAACAACCAUACAGAUCAUUUCUGCUAAGGAUCCAGAUGUGACCAACAACUCAAUCAGAUACUCCAUUGACAGAAGCAGCGACCCUGGGAGAUUUUUCUAUGUUGACAUUACAACAGGUGCUCUAAUGACUGCAAGACCACUAGACAGAGAAGAGUUUUCUUGGCAUAAUAUAACAGUCCUUGCUAUGGAAAUGAACAAUCCCUCCCAAGUGGGAAGUGUGGCUGUCACAAUCAAAGUCUUAGACGUGAAUGACAAUGCUCCAGAGUUUCCCAGAUUCUAUGAAGCCUUUAUCUGUGAGAAUGCCAAGGCUGGACAGCUCAUCCAGACAGUGAGUGCCGUUGAUCAAGAUGACCCUCACAACGGUCAGCAUUUCUACUACAGCUUGGCUCCUGAGGCUGCUAACAACCCCAACUUCACUGUCAGGGACAACCAAGAUAAUACCGCUCGGAUUCUAACCAGGAGAUCUGGCUUUCGGCAGCAGGAGCAGAGCGUCUUCUACCUGCCCAUCCUUAUAGCAGACAGUGGACAGCCAGUACUCAGCAGUACCGGCACACUUACCAUCCAAGUGUGCAGCUGCAAUGAUGAUGGCCAAGUCAUGUCCUGCAGCCCAGAGGCCUACAUGCUCCCAGUCAGUUUGAGCCGGGGUGCUCUCAUCGCCAUCCUGGCCUGCAUCUUCGUCCUCUUAGUGCUGGUGCUGCUCAUCCUGUCCAUGAGGCGGCACCGGAAACAGCCCUACAUCAUCGCCGAUGACGAGAACAUCCACGAGAACAUUGUGCGCUACGACGACGAGGGGGGCGGCGAGGAGGACACGGAGGCCUUCGACAUCGCGGCCAUGUGGAACCCGCGCGAGGCGCAGGCGGGCGCGGCCCCCAAGACACGGCAGGACAUGCUCCCCGAGAUCGAGAGCCUCUCCCGCUACGUGCCUCAGACGUGCGCGGUCAGCAGCACGGUGCACAGCUACGUGCUGGCCAAGCUCUACGAGGCCGACAUGGACCUGUGGGCCCCGCCCUUCGACUCCCUGCAGACCUACAUGUUCGAGGGGGACGGCUCUGUGGCGGGCUCGCUCAGCUCCCUGCAGUCCGCCACCUCGGAUUCGGAGCAGAGUUUCGACUUCCUCACAGACUGGGGGCCUCGCUUCCGGAAACUCGCGGAACUCUACGGGGCGUCGGAGGGGCCUGCGCCCGUGUGGUGACGGAGAGGCCAACGCGCAUCCAAAUGCAGACGUUCUCAGAGGCUGCUUCUCGUGCACGAGGUGUGGCCACCCCAGGAGCAAUAUUGUGCUGGUCGGUGAGGAUGGGAGUGAGCGGACCUAGCAGAGCUCUCUCCGGAUCAGCUUUACUUGGUUAGACUAAGUUAAAUAAUCAGAAGGAAACCCAGGAAGAAGAGGGUAGAAUCUCCAGUUACCUUUUUCAGCAUUUUGUUUUCCUGACACUGUAUUCAAAGGCUUGAAGUAUUAUAAACAAAGCUUGGUGGGUUUUUUGUUGUUGUUGUUGUUUUGUUUUUGUUUGUUUUUUUUUUAACAUAUUCACCAAGGCCUUUGACGUUUUGCCACCACGAAAAGUACAGAGAUUGCAGUUGAAGUCCUACUCUAGAAUCUGUUUUAUCCUUUUUCUCCAUUUCAGAUUGUUUUUCCGGAUUGUGAAAUCAACACACACACACACACCACUGAAAAAUUAUUCCUCAAUGAAAUUAUCCUACUUGUUCUAAGAUGGAUAGUAUUUCAUUUAACCCUUUCGAGACAAGGUUAAGACUGGGCCUUGCAUGGGGGAUGGGUGGGAAGGGUAGGGGAAGGAAGAGACAUUGACUUGUGCUCCAGUUCACAGCUGAACUAAGAGUUGGCAUUACUCCAGUGUCAGUGAGUCAGAGCGCACUGUUCUCCUCUCAGCUCUUUAUGCCCCUGCAGAAGUCAGAAUGAAACCGGAAAAGCUGCCUCUUUUGCACCGUAGAUGUCUCUUCCAUGUGCCAAAUGUGGAGAUUAGAUGCAACAAAUGAAAGCCAAAUAAAAGGAAGUAUCUGAUGAAAGCAUGGGUUAGAAGGCUUUCCUAAUCUGUGUAAGGUCAAUCCAAGGGAUGUUUACAUACUGUAGAUAACCUACUUGAACAAAACCAGUAUUAUAGGAAAGAAAUGGAUGUAAGAGAAUCACAUGUAAAAGUUUUGUAUAUUUGUUAAUAAUUUUGUUAAUAAAUAUGAUGUACUACAUCUCAGUACCUUAGCACUUCUUUUAAUAAAAGCUAAAUAGAAGGAAAGGUGAACUUCA